ACAUUUUCCAAGGAGGGAGGUUUCGCUGGAUAUAUGUAACCUCACUUGGAUCCUUCCAGUGAUUUCAUGAACUGGUGUGAUAUUUAUACCAAAGAAAAAGCACUAAUUUUCUGGUGCCCUAAAUCAUUUAUUUUAUGAACUUAACCCUUAUUUGGAUGGACAUUUUUUGAAAAAUCUUUCUAACGUAAAGAAGAAUGACUAAGCUAGACUCUGAAGGGAAUGUGUUAGAAGAUAAUUCACCUUGCGCUGGUGUUAGAGCUGAUCUUAAAAUCUGUUUAUUAGAAAGUGAUUGUGUGAAAAAGAAUCAUCGAACACCAAGAGAAUGUUUAAAUAUUAAUGAUGGAACAGUCCCAACUGAAUGCCAAGCACUAAGAAACCUGUUUUUCGAAUGUAAAAGAUCCUUAUUGGACAAUCGCCAAAGGUUCAGAGGAAGAAAGGGAUAUUGAAAGUUUGUUUUGUUAUGUACAGAUAUGUAAUUUUUUUUUAUUGUGUUAUUUCUUAGUCAUUGAUUAAAGUGAUAUUAAUUCUAUAAUA